AUGGACGAAGGCACCGGACCUACGACCAUUACUCCGGAGACCGCCCCCCGGUGGUCUCUAAGCCGCCGUCUUCGGUCACUCCGCCGAGCUUUCACGACCCGCGAGGGCCUUCUGGGCGACUACGACUAUGGCGUCCUGUUUCGUCCCAACCUGCCGUUCAUGGGCAAGGGCUCGAGGUCUGGGAGGAGCCCCUUCUUUGGCCUCAAUGAUCGCAUGCCCGUGUUCUUGGGCCUGCUGCUGGGGCUACAACAUGCGCUGGCCAUGUUGGCAGGCAUCAUCACGCCGCCGUUGAUCCUGGCGGGUGCGGGCGGUGCGAAUCUACCGGCUGAGCAGCAACAGUAUCUUGUCUCGACGGCCUUGAUUGUGUCGGGUAUCCUCUCCAGUAUCCAGAUUACAAGGUUUCACAUAUACAAGACUCCCUACUACGUCGGGACCGGUCUUAUAUCCGUCGUGGGCAUCAGCUUCAGCAUCAUACCCGUUGCCCAAGGCGCGCUCUCCCAGAUGUACGCCAACGGAUUCUGCCCAUCGGACGCUGCCGGCAACCCCCUUGCCUGCCCGCGCGGGUAUGGUGCACUGCUGGGAACCUGCGCCGUCUGCGCCUUGCUCGAGAUCUUGCUUUCCUUUAUCCCGCCGCGCAUCCUGCUCCGGAUGUUUCCGCCCAUCGUUACAGGCCCAACGGUCAUGCUCAUCGGCAUGAGCCUCAUUAAGAGCGGGUUCCAGGACUGGAUGGGAGGAAGCGGUUGUACAACUCAGGCCCUGUGUCCUAGCCCUGGGGCACCGCAUGCCCUGCCUUGGGGUUCCGCCGAGUUUCUUGGCUUGGGCUUCAGCGUCUUUGUCACAAUCAUCUUGUGCGAGCGUUUUGGGUCUCCCAUCAUGAAGUCCACGUCUGUCAUCAUCGGUCUGCUGGUGGGGUGCAUCAUUGCCGCCGCCUGCGGCUACUUUGAUCGGUCUGGCAUCGAUUCGGCCCCUGUUGCUUCUUUCAUCUGGGUUCACACCUUCCCCCUUUCCGUCUAUGGGCCACUGGUGCUCCCAGUCCUCGCCGUCUUCAUCGUCUGCCUCACCGAAUCCAUCGGCGACAUCACGGCCACGUGCGACGUCUCUCUCCUCGAGGUCGAGGGCAUGAUUUACGAGUCUCGCAUCCAGGGAGGCGUCCUAGCAGACGGACUCAACGGCUGCCUCGCCGCGCUCAUGACCGUGACACCCAUGAGCACCUUUGCCCAGAAUAACGGCGUCAUCGCCCUGACCCGGUGCGCCAACCGCAAGGCCGGCUACGCCUGCUGCUUCUUCCUCCUGAUUAUGGGCAUCUUUGCCAAGUUCGCCGCCGCCCUCGUCGCCAUUCCUUCCUCGGUCCUGGGCGGCAUGACCACGUUCCUCUUCACCUCCGUCGCCGUCUCCGGCAUUGCCAUCAUCUCCCGCGGCGUGCCGUUUACGCGCCGCAACCGCUUCAUCCUCACCGCCGGCCUGGCGUUUGGCUACGGCGCCACCCUGGUGCCCAACUACUUUGACAAGAUCUUUACCUACUCCGGCAACAACAAGUCGCUUUUGGGCUUCCUGGACGCCAUUGUGCUCGUCAUGGAGACUGGCUUUGCCGUGACGGCGGCGGUGUGCAUGAUUCUGAACUUGAUCCUUGACGAAGAGAUGGAGGACACUAUUAGUGCGGAUGGCGACGACGACGACAUAGGUAUAGUAGCCUUCACGCCAAUCAUCUGCCUGAUGAACUUGCCCGGGUAUGUCUCCUCCCUCUACGAAAACCCCAUCUCCCGUCUCCCUCGUCCCUCAUCUCUCGCAAACCCCAUCCACAUAAAAUAA